AUGGCCGGAUUCGAUGGUCAAGAUGCGGACCACAUCAAGGGAGGUAUGACGGUAUACUACACCCAGAAAGACUUCGAAAGCUCAGACCUCGACAAUCCCGUGAAAGCUUUUCCGCCGGGCUUCCGCAUGACCGUUGGUAACCCGUCAACAAACACACUCAACGGCACAAAGAAGGGCCUGGCAUACACGUGCUUGCAAACCAUCCUCACUAGAGGUUAUGAGACUCCUGACUUCCCGAAAGAGCCCUGCCCUGCAGGUAUCAUGGCGAUCCAGAGAAACUCGUUCCUUUCUCCACGAAACCUACUAAUUGCGUCUUUCAUGUGUAGCCAUUUUCCCUCUUGCUGGAACGGAGUCGACCUUGACUCUCCCGAUCAUCAAUCCCACAUGUUCUCAACGACACGAGGCGGCUUCCGCCCGGCGGACCCGUGUCCUGCAUCGCAUCCCAUCAAGAUGCCUCAGCUAGCAUACGAAACAAUGUGGAAUACAACUGCCUUCGCCGACAUGUGGCCAACCGAUGGUUCGCAGCCGUUUGUGUGGAGUUAUUCCGAUAGCAAGGGCUACGGUACUCAUGCUGACUACGUGUUUGGGUGGAAGGGGGACAGCUUGCAGCGAGUAAUGAAUGAUAGUUGCAUGUUCCAUAAUUGUGGAAGUCCGGGUAUUCAGGGUGUGCUGAAGACUCAGACUGUGGAGGAGAUGAACGCUUGCGCGGUUGAUAGCUCCGUCGACGAAGAGGUGGAUGGGUGGCUUGAUCAUCUGCCGGGGUACGAGAUGGAAGUCUAG